AUUGAAAAGCAUAAGAAACAGGUGUAAUCAAGACAGUCUAGCUUCGAACCUUUUCACAAGCUGAUCGUAAACGAGUCACAACGAGUUCGUUGGAAAAAAAAAAAAAAAAAAAUUAUUGUUAACUCGAAAAUGGCAGGACGACAAAUCGAAGAUGAAUAUUACGAAAUUGCUUUGAAACUUGUUCAAGAAUCUGCUAAGAUUCUUAAAGGUGCCAUUAACGGUUCGAAAAAUAUAAAUGAAAAACAAGGGGAUUGGGAUCUUGUUACUGAAUUUGAUAAAAAAAUAGAGGAUAUUAUUAUUAAUAAAUUAAAGAGUAUAUAUCCUACUCAUAGAUUUAUCGCUGAAGAAUCAACGGGACAAAAAUUACCUGAAUUAACUAACGAUCCUACAUGGAUCAUUGAUCCGAUCGAUGGUACACUUAAUUUUAUUCACGGAUUUCCGCAUACUUGUGUUGUUGUUGGAUUAGCUAUUCAAAAGGAAAUGGUUUUGGGUAUUGUUUGUAAUCCGAUUCAUGACCAACUGUUUACUGCUCGUAAAGGUCAAGGUGCUUAUUUAAAUGGAAAACGAAUUCAAGUAUCACAAGUUCAAGAUAUAUCGAAAGCUUUGCUUUGCAUAGAACCUGGUUUUAUAAAAAUCGAUUAUUUAAAGGAAAUAACCGUUGAACGUGUAAAAGCUGUUGCAUCUAUAGCACAGGGUAUUCGUACACUUGGAGUAGCAGCAUUGACUCUUUGUUACGUGGCAUUGGGUAUAGUUGAGGGUUACUACAUCGAAGGUCCAGGUAUUUCCACGUGGGAUAUCGCGGCUGCAUCUUUAAUUAUCACAGAAGCAGGUGGUAUCGUGGUUGAUCGCGUAACAGGUGAGAAAAUCGAUAUUAUGAAACCACGAGCUAUAGGUGCUUGCAAUAAGAAAAUAGCAAAGGAAUUUGUUAGAAUAAUACGUGAAGCUGAUGAAAAAGUAUCCUUGAGAAAUAAAUCAUAAAUUUUAUCUAUAUAAAUAUAGACAUUUGUUCAUUUAUGUAUAUGUUAUG